AGAGCCAGUCUCAAAAGGCUCAGCUUUUCCAGAGCUAGAGAGAGAAACAAAAUCACUCAGAGAGAGCUUCGACAAUGGCGUCUAGGGUUCCGAUUUCGUUUCUCAUUUUCUCAUUUUGCAUUCUCUUUGUUUCCUCCUUGAAUGUGAUCUCCGCUGAGGAGACCGAAUCGAAAGAAUCUGAAUCGAAGGAGUUCGUUCUCACUUUGGAUCACUCCAAUUUCAACGAAACAAUCACCAAGAGCAAAUUCAUCGUGGUCGAGUUCUACGCUCCUUGGUGUGGCCACUGUAAGAAGCUUGCUCCAGAGUAUGAAAAAGCUGCCUCCAUUUUGAGCAGUCAUGAUCCACCAGUUGUUUUGGCUAAAGUUGAUUGUAAUGAGGAAGUGAACAAAGGCAUUGCGUCUGAAUAUGACAUCAAGGGUUUCCCCACAAUUAAGAUUAUAAGGAAUGGUGGUAAGAAUGUUCAGGAAUACAAGGGACCACGUGAAGCGGAUGGUAUUGUUGAUUAUUUGAAGAAACAAAGCGGCCCUGCAUCUGCUGAAAUUAAUACUGUGGAAGUUGCCAGUGGUAUCAUUGAAGACAAGAAGAUAUUCAUCGUUGGAGUGUUCCCGAAAUUUUCUGGAGAGGAGUUUGAGAAUUUCAUGGCUCUAGCAGAAAAAUUGCGUGCAGAAUAUGAGUUUGGUCAUACUUCAGACGCUAAACUCCUCCCACGUGGUGAAUCAUCAGUUACUGGGCCUUUGGUUAGACUUUUCAAGCCAUUUGACGAACUUGUUGUUGAUUCUAAGGAUUUCAAUGUUGAUGCUCUGGAGAAAUUUGUUGAAGAGACUAGUGUGCCAGUUGUUACCGAGUUUAACAAAGACCCUAACAAUCACCCUUUUGUUAUCAAAUUCUUUAAUAGCCCCAACGCAAAGGCAAUGUUGUUUCUGAACUUCACCAGUGACGUGGCUGAUGCUUUUAAAGCAAAAUAUCGUGACGUUGCUGAGAAAUACAGAACAGAAGGUUUAAGUUUUCUAUUGGGAGAUGUUGAGGCCAGCCAAGGUGCCUUCCAGUAUUUUGGACUUAGGGAGGAUCAAGUGCCCCUAAUAGUUGUACAGACCAAUGAUGGGCAAAAGUUUUUGAAGGCAAAUCUGGAGCCUGACCAUAUUGCACCAUGGGUGAAGGAAUACAAGGAAGGCAGUGUGCCACCAUACAAGAAGUCUGAACCAAUCCCUGAGAAGAACGACGAACCUGUUAAAGUGGUCGUUGCUGACACCCUCCAGGAAUUUGUUUUCAAAUCUGACAAAAAUAUCCUCCUAGAGUUUUAUGCUCCAUGGUGCGGACACUGCAAACAACUUGCUCCUAUCUUGGAUGAAGUUGCCACCUCAUACGAAAGCGACUCUGAAAUUGUUAUCGCAAAGCUUGAUGCUACAGCAAAUGAUCUCCCAAAUGACACUUUCGACAUCAAAGGGUAUCCCACUCUAUAUUUCAAGACAGCAAGCGGGAAAAUCUCUCUAUAUGAUGAGGACAGGACCAAGGAAGCCAUCAUUGAUUUCAUCGAGAAGAAUCGGGACAAGGCUGAAAAGCAAGCUGAAAAGGAAGAAGAAGCAGCAGCAACCAAAGAUGAGCUCUAAAUAUGCAAUGGCGGCCGCUGCUAUACAACGUGAAAAGCAUAGCAACUAUUUAAGGUACUUGGCGGCUAACAUCGGUAGCAAAGAAAAUGUCUCGACUUCCCCUCCUUUUACUUCUUCCCGUCCAAUUUUUAUACUUUCGGUUAGUACUGUUUUUGGUUUCCUUUUAAUAAAUUUGGAGAGGAGGGUUUUGGCAUUUGUAGAGCUUCAAGAGUUUCAGGAAUAGCUUAUAGCUUACAUUGUACAAGUUUUGUUAUUGGUAGAAACCUUUAAAUUUAGAAACGAUAUUAAGUUAUGUUUUCAGUGCCAGAA